AACUGUUUAAGUGGGUAAGCUUAUACCAAUAAUUCGGAGAAGCCACUUUUUCUCUCCAAUGGCGUCUCCUCCUCCUCGCGGACUUUCAAUUACGUUCUUCGUCCUCUCUUUAUUCACCUUCCUGAUAAAUUCUGCAAAUUCUCUUCGCACCUCCGUCAUCAAGCUCCCGGAAAGCGACGGAUCUCGCUCCGCCGCCGCAGACACUUACUGCGAGAGCUGGAGAUUGGCCGCAGAGACCAACAACGCCGGAACCUGGGAUGUGAUCCCGUCUAUGUGCAUUGAUUCCGUUUCCGAGUAUGUCAACGGAGAUCAGUACGGAUCCGAUUACGGAGUCAUCGCCGAUUAUGCGCUCGCCUUCGCUAAAACGGUUCAGAUUUCCGGCGACGGCAACGACGUGUGGAUCUUCGACAUCGACGAGACGCUCCUCACGAAUAUCGACUACUACAGAGCACAUGGUUACGGGUCUGAACCGUUCGAGUCCAGUAGCUUCAAUGAGUGGGCUGUACAAGGUACAGCUCCAGCUUUUGAUGCGAGCUUGAGACUGUACAAUGCACUCAAGAAACUUGGUUUCACUAUCAUUUUGCUAACCGGCCGGGACGAGGACCAAAGGAGUGUCACCGAGACAAAUCUCCGAGAUGCCGGUUAUUCUGGUUGGGAAAGGCUCCUCCUGAGAGGUCCAGGAGAUCAAGGGAAAUCAGCUACUAACUACAAAUCGGAGCAGCGAUCAAAACUGAUCGAGAAAGGCUUCAGAAUCCACGGCAAUACCGGCGAUCAAUGGAGCGAUCUUCUAGGUUUUGCCGUGGCUGAUCGUUCUUUCAAAGUCCCAAAUCCGAUGUACUACAUUCCUUGAAUCGCUCAUUUCUGAUUCAUGUAUUGAGUAGCAACUCAUGUAUUCUGAUUGAUCUAAAUUGAUCAAAUUCUAUCAAGUCAAGAUAGUAUCCGGAGAAAUCUUUUGA